AGUUACAAAAAAAUAAUAGUAUUAUGUAAAUGAGAAAUUUGAGUUUCUCACCAAUGAACAUAUAAUAUUAAGAGGAAAUUCUCAAGUUUUUCUACACAAAAAAAAUUAAUAUUAUAUUGGUGAGAAACUUAACGAAUUCUCACCAAUGCACAUGCUUUAACUUUGACUUAUAUUACUAAAGCAUUUAAUUGGUUUCUACUUGAAGUAACUGAUGAGUAGUUAAAAAAAAAAAAGGAAAUUAGUAGUUUAGAAUCUGAAUAAAUACAUAAAACUUAAUUAGGAAUCAAAAUGCAUCAAGAUGCUCAUACAGGGCUCGCAAUUUAGUUUAACCAAAUUAAUUUAUUACAAAGGCAACGAUCCAAGGAUUUGUGGCAAAAGGUUUAUCGGUGGGAGAAGCAGAGAGUAUACUGAGGAGGAGCGUUGAAAUCGCGUGCGAGGCACGUGAGAUUUUCUACAACAGAUGCACCAAAGGUUCAUGGGAUUUCGACUACGCUGGAAAAGCCUCUGGACAACCUGUUCUUGUCGCAGCUUCCGUUGGUAGCUAUGGAGCUUAUCUCGCCGACGGAUCCGAAUACAGCGGGUUAUAUGGAGAUUCUGUGAGUAAGGAGACAUUGAAAGACUUCCAUAGAAGAAGAGUUCAAAUCUUAGAGAAAUCUGGAGCUGAUCUCAUCGCAUUCGAGGCUAUUCCAAAUAAGCUCGAAGCCGAGGCUUAUGCAGAUCUUCUUGAGGAGGAAGACAUGUACAUUCCGGCAUGGUUCUCCUUCAUUUCUAAGGACGGAGUCAGGGUGCCACGAGGAGAUUCGAUUAUAGAAUGUGCGAAAGUGGCAGAUUCUUGCAAGAAAGUGGUGGCUAUCGGAAUCAAUUGUACUUCACCAAGAUUCAUUCACGAUUUGAUCAUCUCCUUGCGCCAGGUAACCCGCAAACCAAUCGUUGUCUACCCAAAUAGCGGAGAAGUCUACGACGGUCUGAACAAGAAAUGGAUUAAGUCAGGGGAAGAAUCAGAGGAGGAUUUUGUGUCGUACGUGAGUAAAUGGAGAGAUGAAGGAGCGUCGUUGUUUGGAGGAUGUUGUCGGACUACACCAAACACCAUCAGAGCCAUUGCUAAAGUUCUCUCCGACGAAUCUCCCGCAGCAUCAAAACAUAAAUUUGAGCAGUAGACUUGUCAACGAUGAGUUUCUAUGCUUGUUCCUUGUGGUGUCAGGAAGGAGUUUGGAAUGUAUUAUAACGUGUGUAAUUUUGUAAUCUACUAAACAUAUAUACGUAAGUUGGGACUUGGGGUGUUUCAUCUGGUUUUUUGGUGUUAUGAAAUAAUCGAUUUAUGUUGAAACUAAAAAUGAUGGUAA